AGGUCAGCAGUCCAAGGUCUUCGCUCUGCUCAAGAAGCAAAUGCUGAAAACAAGGAAAAUGCCCUUAAAGCCCCAAGUGGAGCAAAGUGAUCUACCCCAGCAGUGUGCUUGAGGCAGUGAGGAUUAGUCAUGAUUUCCCACUUGCAGGUGUGAGGAUGUUUGGGAAUGUGCUCGCGCUGAGGAUGUGCCCUGUAACUAAACGGUCUUGUGUAAGCUUCGGCCUGGCGCUGCUGCAAAACAAAAAUCAUCCACAAAAAGGAAAUUUGGGAAAGAGUGAAAGGAAAAGAUUUUAGCUCGCAAGCACCAAAAUGCAGAUAACAACAAGCUUUUCUGUGCUUUCCUGAAAAUGAAACGGGACUCUUCAGAAAAACAAGAUGAUACAUCCAGUCUCAUUUGCUUUGUAAUUUUCCUCCUCAGUCAGAGGAAACAAUGCAGGAGAAAAUGAUACUGAAAUAAUUCACUUCCAAGAAUUAUUCUUGCCUUAGAAAACAAACAAACAAACAAAACAAACAAAAAACAACAGAGCAGUGUAGCUAUGUGGAUUUUGAGACUACGGGGGGAAAAUGGCUUUGAAGGAUUUAAACAGUGCUCACACCAUACAAAUUUUACAUUCUUGUUCAAAAAAAGGCCCUUGUGAAUUAGAGUCAGCUUUGGCUUUGCUAAUAGUUUCACAAGGCCUGCAUGAAAUUUAACACUACCCAAAGCCUGUAUUACACUUAUUUCCACUAUUACUAGGUUAUGUUAACCAUUGUUAUCUUUUAUUUACAUUGCAAGUAAGUCUAGGAAAUCUUUCGCAGAGUAAAUGUUUUAUAUAUAUAUAUGAGGUUUCUAGGGGACUGACAGGCAUAAAAUAAAGGUUCAAGUUCUCUUCCACCUCCAAUUCUACACUUCUAGAACCUCAGAAUUCAGAGAAAAUAGUGUGUUUUAAGACAAAGCACUCCUAUUUGUCUUGUCCUGCCUGCAGCUCCCACCAGUAGAUAAAUCUUUCUCCAAAAAAUGAGCACAGCCUACCAUACCUCUGAUAGCUGCUCUGCUUUCCCAUGACCCAUAUUCAUACAUAUCAUGUUCAGAUAAGAAGGAGGCACAGUACUGACUAAUGCCGCUUUUUGGAAGGAAAAUGCCAAAAGCUAUUUGAGACAGGAAUAGAAGUGCCAGCAGUACAUGAUAGAUGAACAGCCGGUAGCAAAGGUGGCAGCUCUAGCAUUUCCCUGUAUUAUGGAGUGUUGUUAUGAGGGAGUAUCGGCUGGACGUGUUUCUCUGGGCUGGAUGCUUAUCUUGAUUCAGCACCGCCCUGGGUCCCACAGUAGGGUGUAGGAGACCAAAUGCGUUUCCUUCAGCACAACUGAGUGCUGCUCCUGCUCCAGAGCUGUCAUCAGGAGCGUGGGCAUGGCCAUGCCCCUCGCCCACCCCCUGCUCCCAGUCUGUUCUCAUAUUUUGUCUGACAGCACUCGCUCCUUAUUAACAUAACUAUAGCCUCUUUGUGCCCUCUGACAGAAGAAAUCCUGCACCAGAAUAAAUUUCAGGGGUGACAGAUUGGAACGGUUUGACCAGAUGAUGGCACACAAAUGUCGCUGAGAUCAGCAGCACCUGUGGCUUCACACCUCUUUGGCUUUGGCCCUGGCACUGCUGCUUGCCUGCUUCUGGCUUCUCCUUGCCGCUGGAUGCUGGGCAGCGGAGAAGAGAUGAGGGAUUAGACUCUGGGAAGGAGGUGGCAGUGGCUGCAAUAAGCAGUUACUUUAUGUGUCCCCUGGAAGCUCAGUUAUGCUAGAGCCUGGGAAAAAUGUGGUAUUCUAUUUCAUGGAAAGCAAGAGUGUGUGUGGUGGUCCUCCUGCAGGCAGUGCCAUGUGUGCGGAGACUGGAGGCCAGCCUGGAGCCCGUAAGGGCAAGGAAGAGUCCUAGUCCAUGGGGAUAAAUGCAAACAGAUUUCUUUGAGGCUGCAUCCUGCCAGAGCACCUUCUAGAGGGAAGGGUUUUUGUCUCUUUCGCUGCGGGCUCUGACUACAGCUCGGUCGGGUGAGGUGAUGUGGCAGAUACCUCUCUGCCCCGCCACUGUCUGGGGGGACAAUUGCAGCCGCUGGGUUCGGGUGCUCUUUGCAGAGCUGCCUGUUGCAGGACGGGCUGGGGUGGGACACCCCUGUGGGAAGGUGCCCGUGGCAGGGGGCUUGGACCUAGAUGACCUUCAGGGUCCCUUCUGACCCGAGCCGUUCCCUGAUUCAUUCUGAGGUGCUGGCGGGCUGCAGUGAGAGCUGGGGGCUGAUGCCUCAACCCCUGUCCCCCCGCCCAGGGCAGGCUCCAGGCCCCUGAACCCCACACUUCACACUUUUGAGCCCAGCUGGGUGCUCUGCGGGCUUGCAAAGAGCCCCCAAAGGCCUCCCCGGGCCGAGACCCGCUGUGACCCCCGGGAGCCCGGCGACCCCCGCAGCAGCCCGGGGCCGGGGCCGACCUCUGCGGGCGGGCAGCGGGGCUCUCCCCGGCCCCGAGCAUCUGGGCGCCGGCCGCAGAUAUACCUCCGGGCUGGAGGGCUCGUCCCCGGCUGGGAGGAGCCAGAAGCGGAGCUGCUGUAAACAGUGCGGGCACCGCCGGCGGCUGGAAGAUGGAUAUAAAUAGGGAGGCGGAGGGGAGGCAGCCGGAGCGGAGGAGCGGGAGCUGCCUGCGCCUGCCUCUGCCCAGCAGCCCGGGUCGGGAGCUCCCGAGAGGCGGCGUCCAAAGUUUGCGGCUCGGCGCUGCCGGGGCUAUAGGUAUCAACCCAGAGAAUUUUGCAUCCUGAAGCAUGGCUCUACCUACCUCCAAGCACCUGGCAGAAAACUUCAUUUUCCUUCUGUUUGUAGUUUCCUCUGCAAGCACAGCAGAAGCAGCUGUGACAUGUCCUGAUAAGGAGCCUGAGCUACAAAACUGGAACCCAGGUCACAACGAAGAAAACCGCAUUGAAAUCUGUAAUGGCAGGAAGCUUCUUCUCUCUUCUUCUGCGACUGUCCACUCGAUCCACAUUGCUGAUGGAGGAAAAUUGGUCAUUAAGGACGAUGUGCAGCCUAUCAUUUUGCGUACUAGACAUAUACUCAUCGAAAAUGAUGGAGAGUUGCAUAUCGGCAGUGAAAUGUGCCCUUACCAAGGCAAUGUGGUUAUCAUCUUGUAUGGGCGAGCGGAUGACGGCAGCCAGCCGAAUCCCUACUUUGGGCAGAAGUACAUUGGAGUGAGUAAGGGUGGCACUCUCGAGAUCCAUGGAAAGAAAAAACUGUCCUGGACUUUCUUAAACAAGACUCUUCAUCCUGGUGGCAUGGAAGAAGGCGGAUACUACUUUGAAAGGAGCUGGGGCCAUCGCGGUGUCAUUGUCCAUGUCAUCGACCCAAAGACGGGGGCAGUUGUCCAUUCAGAUCGGUUUGAUACCUACAGAGCAAAAGAGGAAAGCAUACGUCUUGCCCAGUAUUUGGGCAGAGUUGCGAAUGGCAUGAUCCUGUCAGUUGCUGUGAACGAUGAAGGAUCUAGAAACUUGGACGACUCGGCCAGGAAAGCAAUGACCAAACUGGGCAGCAAGCAUUUCCUCCACCUUGGGUUUAGGCACCCAUGGAGUUUUAUUACUGUUAAAGGAAAUCCCUCCUCUUCUGUUGAAGACCACAUUGAAUAUCAAGGUCACAAAGGGUCAGCUGUCGCCAAAGUAUUCAAACUAUUCAAAGCUGAGAACGGAGAACUUUUUAAUGUCUCUUCGACUAGUGAGUGGCUUCAAGAUGUAGAAUGGACAGAGUGGUUUGAGAAGCCUGAUAAAGCAAGAUCUAAGGACAUGGAGAAGCUUUCUGACUUCAAAGCUGCUCAUCCUGAUAAAAUCUGUAGGCAACCCAUUGAUAUCCAGGCAGUGACACUUGAUGGAGCUAAUUUAACAACCGAGGUUUUCUACAAGAGUGGCCACGACUAUCGGUUUCUGUGCCAUGGCAAGGACCAGACAGGCGAAGGUUGCCGGAACUACAGAGUACGGUUCCUGUGUGGCAGCUCUGUGAAACCGAAGCUUACGGUAACCAUUGACACCAAUGUGAACAGCACAGUCCUGAAUCUGGUGGAUGAUGUGAGUUCAUGGGAGCCAGGAGACAGAGUUGUGGUUGCAAGCACCGACUACUCCAUGUACCAGGCGGAGGAGUUCCAAGUGCUGCCAUGCCCAUCCUGCAGACCCACCCAGGUCAAGGUAGCAGGGAAAGCGGUAUACCUCCACGUUGGCCAAGUCAUUGACGGCGUUGACAUGCGGGCAGAAGUGGGGCUGCUGAGCCGCAAUGUCGUGGUCAUGGGCGAGAUGGAGGGGCGGUGCUACGAGUACGGCAGCAAGCUAUGCUCCUUCUUCGAUUUCGACACCUUUGGGGGACACAUCAAGAUUGGCCUUGACUUUAAGGCUACCCAUAUCGAAGGUCUAGAAUUGAAAUACAUGGGACAGCAGACAAUGGGACAUUACCCAAUUCAUUUCCAUAUGGCUGGAGAUGUGGAUGAGAAAGGAGGCUACAACCCUCCAACGUAUGUGAAGGAUGUCUCCAUCCACCACACCUUCUCCCGCUGUGUCACCGUCCAUGGAUCCAAUGGCUUACUGGUGAAGGAUGUUGUGGGUUAUGAUGCACUGGGCCAUUGUUUCUUUACGGAAGAUGGACCAGAAGAGCGCAACACGUUUGACCACUGCCUUGGACUGCUUGUUAAACCUAGCACUCUGCUCCCCUCUGACCGGGACAGCAGGAUGUGCAAGCUGAUCACGGAGGGAGCUUACCCAGGGUACAUCCCCAAACCCAGGCAGGACUGUAGCGCUGUAUCCACCUUCUGGAUAGCCAACCCACACAACAACCUUAUAAACUGUGCAGCUGCGGGAUCUGAAGAAACAGGCUUUUGGUUUGUGCUGCACCACGUGCCGACGGGGCCCUCGGCAGGCAUGUAUUCCCCCGGCUACUCGGAGCACAUGCCGAUGGGGAAAUUCUCCAACAACCGCGCGCAUUCCAACUACCGGGCUGGAAUGAUCAUCGAUAAUGGCGUUAAAACAACUCCAGCGUCAGCCAAGGACAAAAGACCUAUCCUGACACUGAUUUCUGGGAGAUACAGCCCACACAAAGAUGCUGAUCCUUUGAAGCCCAGGGAACCCGCAAUAAUCGAGCGCUUUAUUGCCUACAAGAAUCAGGAUCACGGGGCCUGGCUGCGGGGUGGAGAUGUGUGGCUGGACAACUGCCAGUUUGCAGACAAUGGCAUUGGGCUGACCUUGGCGAGUGGUGGGACCUUCCCUCAUGAUGACGGCUCAAAGCAAGAAAUCAAGAACAGCCUGUUUGUUGGCGAGAGCGGAAACCUGGGCACGGAGACUAUGGACAACGAGAUCUGGGGACCUGGAGGCCUGGAUCACAGAGGCAGGACCCUGCCCAUCGGCCCGAACUUUCCCAUUCGAGGGAUUCAGUUCUACGAUGGCCCGAUCAACGUCCAGAACUGCACCUUCCGCAAAUUUGCUGCCCUUGAUGGCCGGCACACGAGUGCCUUAGCCUUCAGGCUCAAUAACGCCUGGCAGAGCUGCCCCAACAACAACGUAACCGACAUCCAUUUUGAAGAUGUCCCUAUUACCUCAAGGGUCUUCUUUGGAGAACCUGGACCCUGGUUCAAUGAUCUGGAUAUGGAUGGUGAUAAAACAUCAGUUUUUCAUGAUGUAGAUGGCUCUGUGUCUGAAUAUCCAGGCUCAUACCUGAUAAAAGAAGAUAACUGGCUAAUCAAACACCCUGACUGCAUCGACGUGCCCGACUGGAGAGGUUCUAUCUGCAGUGGACACUACGCACAGAUCUACAUCCAAGCCUACAAGCCAGCCAACCUCAAAAUGAAAAUAAUAAAAAAUGACUACCACAAUCACCCACUCUACUUGGAAGGGGCUUUAAGCAAAAGCACUCAUUACCAGCAGUAUCAGCCAGUUAUAACUCUGAGGAAAGGCUACACCAUCCACUGGGACAAGACAGCCCCUGAAGAGCUGGCCAUAUGGCUCAUCAACUUCAACAAGAAUGACUGGAUCCAAGUAGGGUUUUGUUAUCCUAGAGGGACAACAUUUUCCAUUCUGUCAGACAUUCACAAUCGUCUCUUGAAGAAAACAUACAAAACUGGAACCUUCUAUAGAACCUCUCAAAUGGAGAAACUGGAGUACAGAUAUCCUAGCAAGGGAUACUACUACUGGGAUGAGGACACUGGGCUGCUGUUUCUGAAACUUAAAGCUCAAAAUGAGAAGGAGAGAUUUGCUUUCUGCUCUGUCAAGGGCUGUGAACGAAUAAGGAUCAAAGCCGUGAUCCCAAAGCACGCUGGUAUCAGUGACUGUGAAGCCAUGGCCUAUCCCAAGUACAUUGAGACGCCCAUAGUAGAAGUGCCAAUGCCUAAGAAGCUAUCAAGUGCACAGCUGAAAACAAAGGACCACCUACUGGAAGUGAAGAUAGAAACUUAUAAGAAACAGUACUUCCACCUAAAGGACGACUUUGCAUACAUUGAAGUUGAUGGUGUAAGGUUUUUCCUCACCGAUGAGGGUAUUCAACUGAUUGUGAUUGAUGGACAUCAUGGGAAAGUGGUUGACCGAGUAACAUUCAAGAAUUCAAUUCUACAAGGAAUCCCAGCACAGAUAGAAAACUAUGUCAACAACAUCAAAGAUCACUCUAUAGUGCUGGUGACGUCUAAAGGAAGAUUCAUUUCAAGAGGACCAUGGACUAAAGUAUUGGAGAAACUUGGAGCAGGAGAGGGCUUUAGGUUAAAAGAAAAAAUGGCUUUUGUUGGAUUCAAAGGCAGCUUCCGUCCUGUCUGGGUGAAGCUGGUCACUAAUGAGGACUCAGCUAAAAUCUACCAAGCACUGCCAAUUCCUGUGGUGAAGAAAAUGAAAUUAUGAGGACACGACACCUCGCCUUCUGGCUGCCAGCACUGCCCCCAGUCGGACGGACUACUGACUGUUCAUGACAGGCACAUCACCAGCGUGCUCCAGCAGUGUAGCAUUUUCUUCUUGUUGUUGUUCAAAAAGAAAUCUUACUGUAAGUAGCUAGAGUGGCCACAUGUGACAGAAACGCAUUCCUCUGUCAUCAGCACAUAUCCUGUGAUCAUCAGCUCCUCACCAGUUGACUUGCUCACUGAUGCCAUGUUGAUGCUCGUGUCACUAAGCAAGGUUUGACCAGAUUUACAAGGUGCUGGUUUUAUCAGCACGCCCAUGACAGACUGUGUGCUGUCUCUCAAAGGGUCAGCUCUAAAUCUAAACGCCACUGAAGAUUAUUGUUUGUACCAGACUCUAAAUCGUCCAAACACUUGUGGUUUUUUCUUUUUUCAUGGUGUAACUAGCCAUUUCGAAGGCUGGUUGAAAAUCUAAGACAGCAAGAGUGUAUUUGAAUGAUUACCUAGAUGCUAGGAUAACUGGACAGCAAGAAUUUACCCUAAAGUUUCUGUGACAACUGAUCAAGCUCUUUGGGAUCUGUAUUGUAAACACUAACCCAUGGCACAUAGACGGGGAAUAGAGGAAAGAGGAGCAAAUAAAGCGACACCAAUGGAGAUUGGUGCAACCACAUCUUUCUGCUUGCUCAGAAAACUGUGAUUCUCCUAUAUGGAUUCAGGACUUUCAAUAGUGGUUACUCAAAUAGGAGGUCUUCCUUCAACAAGUAGCCAUAGGAUGGAAGAAAAGACCUGUCACUCAGCACAUACACUUUCUCAGCCUCUUGCAUCCAGUUCCUCCAUAUAAUAAUGUUCAGGGCCAAUCUGGAAGGUUUAUGGUAGCCAGUCAAAGACAGCAUCCUGUUCAAGGUUUCCCAUUUUCAGCUGGGGAUACUGGGACUUGGGUUGCUCAGCCACAACUGGGUGAGCAGCCCUUAUCUUUCCAGGGGUGUCAGAGGGAACAGGGUGGGCUGGUCUGCUGGGUGUUGCUUUCCCACCACAUCCUCGGGCUUAAGGGCAGGCGUGUCUUGACCACCUGGAAGAGCUGCAUGACAUCUAGGUGGAAGGUGCCAGAGGUAGAAGUCUUUGAGGUCUUACCAGGAAGCUGAAGAAUUAGAGUGGGAAUCCCCAUACACUAGUUGGAUGUCUUGUGGCUCCUUCCCCCCUUCUUCAAAGCACUAGCUGGGGAAAGAAGGCAGGUGAGUGCAAGUCAGCACUCCUGGGGGGACAUCUCUUGAAGCUGGGAAAUUAAAGAUUGUCUUGUAAACUGUUGUAAGCACUUCCAGUCUUCAGUGAUAUUUCCGCCUGUUGCUCAGAAGUGCCAUGAAGGCAUAUGCAGAGUCUGUGGCUGUUAUAAGGAGGAAUUAGAGAGAGGAUGAUGAGCUUUGAACAGCAUAUAUAGUUGUCAAUUUUGCCAGUAACAUCUGGGUUUGUUCCCUAAUUUGUCUUUCCCAGCCCACAUUGCUACAGAAAUUAUUGUUGCUUAUAGUUACUUCAAUUUGCUCUGGUUUAAUUAGAGCUUCGGUAACUAAAUCACUUUUUUUUUUCCUUUUUUUUUUUUCUCCUUUCCCCCCACAGUAUCCAAAAGACUGUCUUGUAACUAGAAUGAAGGAGCAAUGAUUCUAGUGAGUCAUUCCACAGCCGGGCUGAUGCUGAACUCUGUAAGCCCUGACCCUACUUUUUAGAUCGAUUGCUCUGAAAGUCAGCCUCUCCUGGGUUUUGAAACUGGAAAUGUUCUUUUCAGUCUUAUUGUAUAGUUGUUUUGAACUAGCUGAAUGUCAUGUGUAUUUAGAAAAAAAUAAUAAUCCAAGUUGUCCCUCCCUUGCUUCUGAACAAGAGCCUGUUAAUGAAGGAGCAGCACAGUCAUUUUUGAUUUUUAGGCAUUUCUGCUGUUUCCAGAAUAAAUGGGCAACACUUUAAAAGGGCAAGUAAAGUGGUGGGUUUUGUUGUUAUUUUGUUUUUCUCAAUGUCUUAUGAUGGUUUGGGGAUUUCACCCUCAAAUCACAAACUAUUCCUUACAAAAGUCAGUCUCACAGUUAAACCAUGACAAUCCAAUUAUCACUUCUCUGACAUUCUCUGGUAGCCAAAACAGAGCCAGAUCCCUGAAGCUGAGCAAAUACACUGAAAAAAAAAAAAAAAAAAAAAAAAAGAAUCCCUUGAGUGUUUUAGGCUGGUUUAUCUGAACAUCUCCACCAUGCUGAGGCAGUUCUGAUCAUGUAAUUGCACCUGUACCAGUGGAGCAUACACGCAUCCACAAGAUGGACCAAACCACGAGCAUUUCUUUCAUGAGCACUUGACAUGGGCAGGAAAGCGAGAUUCAGAAUGUACCUGGUUUGGGAUCUGGUUUUCUAUACCCGCCCUGUGGAGCACUGUUCCCCUGGGUCACUGGAGGUUCCCAUUCACGUGGAAACACCUGGGAGGAUCGUGCCACAUGGGCUGUCCUCUAGACUGGUUUCUUCAGCUACUAUGAGCAUGCUGCAUUUGUGUGAAAGCUGUAGCUUCUGAUUUUACAGUUUUUGGAAUUCUCAGGGUGAAAUCAUAAGACUUGGCUCUAGGAUAUUUUUUUUUUUCCUGAAAAAUCUUGUCUUAUUAAGAGAAGAAAACUUUUAAAUAGCUUAUUGUAUCAUGCAAAGCUUGUCACAUGGGGCCUGUUUUGGAGCUAGGGCUGGGUCUCAUGCUGUGAAUACUUAGUACAGGAUCACUGCAGUCUGCAAGCCUGAGGGAUAAUAGAGCAUCAUAGCAGAGUGUAAUGGGGCAGGCACUCCUGUGAAAUGCAAAGGGCUCCCAUUGACGUGUAUGAGAUGAAGUCAGUGUGUUACUCCGAAGGCAGAGCUUAGCCUGAUGCCAUCACCAGUCAGCAAUAGUUUUGUGCCAUACAAUUGCUUUUCAAUCUUUGACUGUUGUAGAAAUUACACGUGCACAUUUUGACUAGUGAAUUAACUGACUGCUUAUACUUUGUACAUCCUUUUAACAGUCCCUGCACAAGCUGCAGUUAUCCUCUUUAUAAGGUUUUAUUACUGCAAAUGUUCUCAAGUUUGCCAAUGCAGUUGCCAUUGUCAGAAUGAUUUUUUCUGAUUGGAUUUUGUUUGUUUGGAUGUUUGCUUGUUUGGAUGUUUGAUUUUUUUGUUGUUUUGUUUUGUUUUUCUUUUUUCUCUCUCUCUCUCUCUCUUUUUUUUUUCAUCUGUUCAAAUGCUUAUUUUACCUGUUGCCGAAAUAGCUGGUCCUUUUUCGGAGUUAGAUGUACAGUGUUUUGUACAUUUUCUUAUAGACUUUCCAAUAAAAAGAUAUAUUUUCUAUUUAUUUAUUACAAUGGCACUAAGACAACUAAAUUGCAGACAUAUGAAGCAUUUUACUGGAGUUUAGCAUUGCCUAGGUUGUUAAGGAGGUCGGCAAUAUGGCUUUUCUGAUAAUCUGCUUUGUACUUGAAAGCUCUCUAUGUCCGCAGAAUGUGGUAAUGCAUUGACUGUCUGUUUUAUGGUGACAAGAGCUGUUGGGACAUUGGUUCCAAAAGAUUGUGGCUUACAACUGAAAUAACAUGUAGUUGUUCAGAGUACACAAUGUUUAUCAAAAUAAAUAUUCAAUGCAAAUUUCUUAUUUUAUUUUUGCCUCUUGUGUCUUCAGUGUAUCUCUCUAAGAGUGAACUGGUAUUUGCUGGAAUAUCUCCUUUUUCAUCCAACUCAAGUUUAUUCAGACCACUGCACCUCGAGUAUCUUAGCUUACUUCUUAGUAGCUUGCUUUCCUAAGAAAAUAAGGCUGAUAAAAUGCCACUAGGUCUAGAGUGGAGACCCCACA